AUGCAUGAUUCAAUAGAAAUAGAAAGAAGUGGUGAUACAGAAAGAAGACUGAGUUUAACAUUAAAGAAUUCUGAUGAUAUACAAAAUCGUAUCUUACGUGAUGUUACAGAGCAGUCAUUACCAAACAGUGCUAAAAAGUGUGCUAGUCCAGGUCUCAGAUUAAUAGAUGAUGAAACAUUUGACUUUGAUUUGGCUGCAUCUCCAGCUGUAAGAGCUGAAAAUAUUUCACAUGAGGAGGAGGAUGAAGUGUUUUUUGGACCAAUUUGUUUUACGGAGCGUCUCAAACAAACUGUUGUUCAGGAAGUGGAGGUACCUCCAUUGAGCCCACUAAAUCCGGAACAGUUUGCCUUGAUGGUUAAAGAAGCUAAAGAUUUAGCAUAUAGAAUAAAAAAUUCUAAGACAAGUUCAGGAUCUGAAUCAUCUCAAUCUUUAUCAAAACUAUCUUGUUCCUCAACAGAUGGGGAGGUAUCCCCAUCAAUAAGAAAACAUUCUAGAUCUGGUACCUUCACUAAAUGUCAGAGUCCAUUAGAAUUGUUACCAGAGGAAAUAAGGAAAGUUUUACCAGUUAUAGAUGAUUCUUGUAAAAAGUUACCAGAUUGUAGUCAGUAUGCUGUUAAUAAUGUAGAAAAGUGCACAGAAAAUGCUGCUCGUGAUGUUAGGGAAAGUACAGUAACUGAUAAUAGAAAUGUAAAAAUAAAUGCUAAUCCUACUCAACACAAAACAAGUGGCAGUAGAUUACAACUUCCAUCAAAACUUCAGGGAUCAAAAUUAGCCAAGCCAUCACUUAAGUAUGGCAGUAGUUGUGAAAGCUUGGAUGGGAAAGAAAACAGGAUUAAUGGACAUGAAUCUGACAGUAACUGUAGUAUAGCCUCAGACUGUAGUGAUGUAUCUGUUGGCAAAAAUAGUCAAAAUAAGUGUAUAGGAAAAACAGGCAUUCCUAAAACAUCAAGAUUGAAGGCUCCAGGAAGUAGGUUAAAUGGCUCUUUUAACUCAUCUUUGAAUAAUUCUCUCAAUACAUCUGCGAACAGUUCAAGGGGCAUUUCUAAGAUAAGGCAGUUAGCUGUUCCAAAGUCUGCAAGUAACACAGCAAGUAAAGGAGUCACUCCUAAAUUUGGAGCACCACCUAAAAGCAGCAGCUCAGCUAAUGUCCAGAAAGUUGAACCAUCAGAGUCUAAAGACAAGAAACAGAAAUCAUAUGAACCACCCAAAAGGAGUUCACCAAGACUUCAAGCCAAGCAAGGUUUGAAUGAUAGUAAACAAAAGGCUGGAAUACCUAGUUUGAAGGGGCCUUUUGCUAAGCAAAGUCUAAUGAAUCCUGGAGAAUUACAAAAAAGGGUCCAUAAAACUGUGACUGGUAAUGGUCCACUGAAAGCUAUGCAACCAUUGGAUAUAGUAAAUAAACCUAUAAAGAGCAAACCAGACAAAAAAGCCACUACAAGAAUGAAUACCAGUGUUUCUACUCCAGUUAAACAGGACAAGUGUGUCAAACCUAAACUGCUGGCUAAUAAUUUUAGGACACCAAGUAAUUCAAGCUCAACAAGUACUCCGUUAUCUAACAGAAGGAGAUCCUGUUUGCCAACACCACAGAAGUCAUCUAGAGGCUCUAUUGGAUCUGUACCAGAAAGUCCUUUAUCAAGAAGAGGUGGGAGCGGCAAUUCAUCACGACUAAGUCAGCUCUCAUCCUACAGUAGUAUAUCAGAAUCACCUGUGUUUAACAAUAGUGUGUCAAAAUCAACAACCAAGAAAAAUGGACAGUGCUCAAACUUGGUUGAAAUAAAUGACAAGUCACCAAGCAGUAUGAAAGCCAAAUCCAGAGUGGUAUAUACCCCUCAACUUCCUCAGAAAGUACAAUCUAAAUGGUCUCCCAUUAGACGACCUAGGCCUAUCAGCAAGGAUGAAGAAGUUAUAAAGUGCACUAAAAGAAAAUUGUGAUUGUUUUAUUAAUAAGUUUUUAAUUUGUAAUUAUAAUAAUUAGCCAUAUAUGUAGUGCAUACUUUGAUUUUGUUUAAAAUUUCCUCUCUCACUUUCUUUCUAAUAGUGUCAUGAUGUUAUAGAUAAAUAGUUGUAUUAUUUGUAGAAGAAAAAAAGAUAAUAGUUCAAGAUGGAAUAUUUUGGUUGCUUUUGUCUUUCAGAAAUUACAUUCUAUCAUUGCUAAUUGUAUAUUUAGGGACCAGAAAUUAUUCGACUGAUUUCUGGUUCCUUUUCUUGCUUAAUAAAAUUAUUUUUUUCAUAGAUUUUUGUAAUUGCAAAUGAAAGGCAACAUUGAUUAUUAUGAAAUUAAUUAAAAGUUUUACUUAUAAAUGAUAAAUACAUGACUUCAAUAUUUGAAAAUGAAUAUGUAUUUAUUAGUGUUGUCAAAUUGAACUGUUUUGACUAUUAAACCGGUUACUCGGAUAAUUGUUCGACCGAUUAACCAGUUAACCGAUAGUUAAAUUGAUGUUUUAAAGGUCUUCAGUACUCUAUAAAUGCACGGUUUAAUUAUAAGAUGAAUUAAACUUUAAGGUUUGACAUUAUAAGGCUUUGCUUUGAGCAGUCUUGAUAAAGUCUUAUUUUUGAUAAUCCAAUACUACCAUAUCUACUAUGGCAUUUGUAAUAACUUCUGAUUGAGAAGAUGAAAAUCGUCUUAAUAUCUUCUGAUCUAUAACCAGUGAUUGUUUCUUUUCUCUGGUGUCCCAGAAAAAAUAUGCUGUGGAGUGUUUCAAUUUAAGUUCAUUAAGCUUGUUACUCAUACCACACAGUAUUAACAUUAAUUCCAUUCACAUAAUUUGCGUUUUAUCAUUUUUGAGUCGGCAUUUCGUUUAAAGUAUGACAAAGCCUUAGAAGAUGGAGCUGGCAUAUUUUCAUGAUCUACACGAUAUUAAAAGUAAAAUAAUGAAGUAAAUCGUAAAAUUUAAUCUGUUCAUAAUACAUGUAUGCUAAUUAUGUUUACUACUUUAGAUCUUGCCCCGAGCUGAUAUAAAAGUUGUCUUUGUGUUAAUUAAUUUUGCAAAAUUGGAGUGUGUUCAAGGUUAACAAUAGUAAUCAAUAUACUGGACAAUUGAUCUGUCAAAUUAAUUAGCAAGACUAUCAUUUAAGAAAGUAAUUAAUGAUUUCAAUACGCAUUUAUAACAAAUCUAUUGAAAUUGAAAAAAAGGUCUGGUUAACCAGUUAGCGUUUUUGGUAUUCGAUAUUCGGUCCUUUCGACGGUUAACCGGUUAAUCGAUUAACGGAUUAACCUUUGACACCACUAGUAUUUAUCUAAGAGUUAGUGAAAGAGAGAGUGAGAUGUGAUUUUACAAUAAAAUUAACAUCUUUUUAACAUAUAUUUUUGGUGCUUAGCAUAUCAGUUACACAUGUAAGAUAGUUUGUAAAUUUUAAGUGUUUUUUUUUUUUUAAUAUCAGAGUUGGAGAUACAUGUACUUAACAUUUAAUGUAAUUUUACUGUAAAUAUAAGUAUUCAGGUAUAAUUUUUAUUUAGCAAUAGACUGUUUUAUUAUUGGUGAAUGUUGCAGAAUGAGAGACAUAGGGAUUCUAAUCUGGGGGCGACAUAUUACUAUUUGUGUAAAGCUUGAUAUUUCAGGUAGAUGACAUAGAUACUUCAUAUUGUUCUGUAUACAAAUGCCUUAUGUACUGAAGUUUUCGUCUGGCAUACGUCUGUUGUCCUUGGCCAAUUUUUGUGGUUCUGCAACUGCAUAAAAAAAUUGUAUAGUUUUUUGCUAUGUGAAUUUCUCACUUGUUAUGACUCUAUUUGGUACAUAGAAAUUAUUUUAUUAGAAUCAUUGCAAUGUGUACAUGGACAUGAGACAGGGUUCCCUCUGACUUCAUUUCAGAGAUCAGUGACCAAUGUUAACUUUUUUUGGUUCGGUUCCUUUCGUAAAUCAUAAGCAAUUGGGCAAUUAUAAUUCAUCUAUGGAAAAUUACUAUUUUAAGGUGAACAUGUCAGUCUGGCAAGGUUUAUCUGACCUUGUUUUCAUUUUCAUGAAUCCUUGGUCAAUGUUUUUUUUGUUUUGUUUAGGUCCAUUUCUCUGAUACUAUAAGCAAUUGGUCAAAUCUGUUAGGUGUAUGGAAUGAUUGUUAUGUGUGCAUGUCUGUUUGGUGUGGUACACAUAACCUUGACUUCAUUUUCAUAGUUAAUUGUUCAAUAUUGAAUUUUUGUGGUUAGUUCUGAUACUAAGAUACUAUAAUCAAUAGCUGAACUUUAUUUAUUUUUAGGUGUGCAUGUCUGUCUGGUAGGGUUCAUCUGCCCUUGACCUCAUUUUCGUGGUUCAAAGGUCAACAUCAAGUUUUUUGUGGGAAAACUUGUUCUCAGAUACUAUCAGCAAUUAGUCAGUUAUAUUUGGUCUAUGGAAUGAUUCCAAUUAUAAAUGUGUGCAUGUCUAUCAGGCAAGGUUUAUCUGACCUUGAACUCACUGUCAUGAAUCUUUGAUAAUGCUAAGUUUAUGUGUUACCUGUCAAUCAUGAUCAGUAAAGAAUGCAAAACAUUUCAGCUUGUGCAGUGUUGUUUUGUAAGGAAUGCAGUGCAGGUAAACUUGUUCAAUUCAAUAUAUCGAUGCAAAUAAAGUUGACUCCUUCCACAGGCUAAAUGAUCUUAAUUUGAUUACAUGCAAAACAAUUUGGAUAGGAAAAUUGAAAAAAAGCAAAAGCUUUGCAUGAAAAAAAUUACAACAAAUGAACAUUUGUUGAAAAAUAUAGAAUUUAUUUGUUAAAUGUAUUAUAAAGAGGAGAGAAUAUCUUGCCUUUAUUUUUUUUAUUUUGUGUUUAAGCUGGCAAUAAUUUAAUAUUGUCACAUAAUGUAUGCAAUGUAUUGUGUAUGUGUUGAUAAACACAAUUAAUAGUAACUUCAAAAUCUCUUAAAGUAUCAGUAGGACAUAGUUAAAAUGUUGUACAGUUGCUUUGCCUAAUAUGUAGAUGUGCAUAUUAUUUUUUGUGAAAAUUUGAUAAUUUUGAUUAUUGUUAAAACUUAGUUUCUGUUAAAAAAAAUGCUAAUUUUGAGAAAUUCUUUUUUUAAAUGGACAAUCUACAACAUGAGUAGAGCUGGAACACAAUUGUAUGCAGUGUUUUAGAUGUAGAUGUGCAUAUAAUUUGUUUGGUGGAAAUUGGAAAAAAGAAUUGAAAUUUAAAUUACUUUGUGUUAAAAAAAAACCACACAAAUUUUGAGAAAAAUGUUUUUGUGCUGGGAUUUCAAUGAAAAUUGAUAUGCAAGUAAAAUAUAGGGAUAAUGCUAUUCCAAAUUGAUUCCUUGUGUCACAAUUUGUCAUUUUGAAAUGGCGGCCAAAAUCCCUCAAAAAAAUCAUAGUGCUUGUAUUUUUCACAAAAUUUUAUAUUUAGGUAGAAUAUGAAAACAUGAAUUGGCUCAUAUUUUCAAAAUAUCUGUUGGCCUCUAUUUUCAAAAUGUAUAAAUUAUUUGGGUCUGUGGCUCACACAAAAAUGAGCAAACAGGGCUCUUGCUGACAUGUCAGUUCACUAGUUCAGUACUAUUUUGGACAGUAAAAAUAUGAUAAUUUUAUAGCCUUUACCAAGGUUACAAUCGCUUGUAUUUAGUGCUUUAAAUGUAUCUACCGAUCUUAAAACAUUUGUCAGCUUAAUGUCUUGUACUUACAGUAUCUUAAAGAAUACUCUGAGUCAUUUAAAAACCUGUUAUGGAAAUGGUAAGAUGAUGAUGUACUAAUGAUUUGUGUAUAAUGCAUACUUGGCAGGAUAUGCAACGUGAGGGAGAUUUGUGACAUGUAACAAGACAUCUAAUUUUAACUCCUUGUAUGUUUUACUGUAGAUAACAUGCAAGUUUCAAUGUUUGAGAACUGUGGUUAAUAUAGUUCAUUUGACUUUAAUAGAUCUUCAAAAUAUUGAAGACCUUAUAGAAUUAGAGCAUAAUUUGAUUUGGGAUAAAGUGUUUUAAGUAAUUGUCAACAUUUGUAUAAUCAUCAGGGAAAAAAACUUAUUGUAAAACAUACGUAAGAAUUUUUUAAUCUAUAUUUGAAUAUCUAUCGAAGCCAAACAGAUUUUGAUUAAACAUGUAACUGUAUCCUCAACAUUUAAUGUAGAAAAACAAAUUAUUUUACAGAUGUGAAUAUAUGCAAAAUGACGUCAGUUUUGGAAAAAAAUGAAAUUUGAUAAAAUAGAGAUUUAUCCAAGUGUUUUUGAUUGUAGUUAAAGAUAAUUUUUCAGGAAUUAAUAUAUCUUUAUAAAGUGUGAUAUUCUGGACAUUCAGUGUGAACUGCAUAAAUUUUACAAAAUGGUGAAUAAACAUUUCAUCAAAUAAAAUGUUUAACAUAGACA